AUGGCCGUCGCACCCGCACUGAUCCCGCGCCUCGAGGUGCUCCAGCUCUACCGAUCGCUGCUGAAAGCGUCCCGCACGCUCAAGUUCACAUCGCGCGAAUACUAUGUUGCUCGCAUGCGCCAAGAGUUUCGAAAGAACCAGAAUGUCCAGGAUCCGAGUCUCCAGUCCAAGCUAUUCAAAAAAGGACGCUUCUUGCUGGAAAAUGAUCUGGGCGGACUGCUGUAG